AUGUUUAACAAUUCUACUAGGCAAUUGUUUAAACAAUCAUCUAUACGAUUACAAACAAUUAAUAGACAUCUUUCAUCUAGUAUGGCACCUUUACAAGCUAUUAGAAAAUACGACUAUUUGGUUAUCGGUGGUGGUUCAGGUGGUGUCGCAUCGGCACGUAGAGCAGCUUCAUACGGGGCUAAAGUAUUGUUAAUUGAACUGAAAUUUAACAAAAUGGGUGGAACUUGUGUCAAUGUUGGAUGUGUUCCAAAGAAGGUUAUGUGGUAUGCUGGGGAUUUGGCAGAAAAAAGGCACCACUUGAAAUCAUACGGAUUAUCGACUACUGAUGACAAGGUCAAAUAUGGUGACUUCGACUGGUCUACGUUCAAAGAUAAAAGAGAUGCGUAUGUGAAGAGAUUGAAUGGGAUUUACGAAAGAAAUUUGAAGAAUGAGGGAGUUGAUUACAUAUAUGGAUUUGCUCAUUUUGCCAAUUCGAAUGGUGAUGUUGAGGUUACCUUAACCGGAGACCAAGAGUUAUCGUUCUUAGAAGAGGGCAAGGAGUUUAAGAAAGACGAAAAACUUGUUUUCGCUGGAAGUAAGACUUUAAUUGCCACAGGAGGAUAUGCUAUAAAUCCACCAAAUGUUGAAGGACACGAAUUGGGAACAACCUCAGAUGGCUUUUUCGAAUUACAAAAGCAACCAAAAUCGGUUGCUGUAGUAGGUGCUGGAUACAUCGGUGUAGAAUUAUCUGGUAUUUUUAAAGCCUUAGGUUCAGAAACUCACUUGGUUAUCAGAGGUGAUACCGUGUUAAGAUCUUUCGACGAAUCUAUUCAAAAUUCAAUUACUGAUUAUUACACCGAUAAAUUAGGAGUUAAUAUAAUUAAGCAAUCAGGAAGUGUCAGUAAGGUUGAGAAAAUUGACGGUGACAGAAAGAAAAUUACUUUGGGUAAUGGCCAAGUACUCGAAGUUGAUGAACUUAUCUGGACUAUGGGUAGAAAGUCCUUAAUUAAUAUAGGUUUAGAUAAAGUUGGUGUUACGUUAAACGAUAAACAACAAGUUGAUGUGGAUCAAUUUCAACAAACUGCUAACCCAAAUAUCUUUUCAUUAGGUGAUGUCAUUGGUAAGGUUGAGUUAACUCCAGUUGCUAUAGCUGCUGGCCGUAGAUUAUCUAACAGAUUAUUUUCUGGUGAUAAAGCUUUUGAAAAUGACCACUUGGAUUACUCUAAUGUUCCAUCUGUCAUUUUCAGUCAUCCAGAAGCAGGCUCAAUUGGUUUAUCAUGUAAGGAAGCUAAAGAGAAGUAUGGAGAAGACCAAAUUAAGAUUUACAAGUCCAAGUUCAAUGCGAUGUAUUAUGCUAUGAUGGAGGAUGAUUCAUUAAAAUCCCCAACAUCUUAUAAAGUUGUUUGUGCUGGUGAGGAUGAAAAGGUGGUUGGUCUUCACAUAGUUGGUGAUUCAAGUGCAGAAAUAUUGCAAGGUUUUGGUGUAGCGAUCAAGAUGGGUGCUACUAAGAAAGAUUUUGACAGUUGUGUUGCUAUCCAUCCAACUUCUGCCGAAGAGUUGGUUACCAUGAAAUAG